AACCAACCAGGCAUGCCUCAAAUUUUAGAUGCGGUAAAAACUUUACUACGUAUUCGUGCAUGAACUACACGGAAACGCCAAGAUAAAGCAUGCAUGGUGCAUCCCACUCCUCUGCUGCUACCACGGAGGGCCCAGUGCACGUGAUGGAUUCCUGUCUCUUUCUGAAUCUGGCAUCACGUCCUUGUACCUCUCGCAAUUAAAUUGGCUGUGACCUCAGAAAACCACUGCUUCGGGGACAUCGCAGCUGGGUCAUUCCUUUCCGCCCAUCUCCGUUCGCUCGAGUGGGAGUGAAGCUGCCGCUGCCACCUCCAACCCAGCCCCUGAGCGAUGGGUGAUCAAGACAUGUCCCAGCCGGAUGGCAGGAUGGAAGUGAUGAUGACCAUCGCAGCGCCAUCCCAAAGUAAUGAAGCCAAUACGAGCAGUCCAACCAUGGGGGAAGAUUCAAUGCAGGUAGCUAGUGAACACAAAUUGGGCAACAAAACAAAUGGUCAAUCAUCUUCUAUUCCAAUGGGUGAAUGUGGCCACCUUGAUCACCACAGCCUUGUUGAAGAAGCUGGAAAAGUACAUACUCUCCAAAAGGUCUCAAUUCUACCUCUAGUGUUCUUAAUCUACCAUGAGGUCUCUGGUGGUGCAUUUGGUGCAGAAGAGUGUGUUCAGGCUGCAGGCCCCCUCCUAACCAUCAUUGGCUUUCUGGUUUUUCCAUUCAUAUGGAGCAUCCCAGAAGCAUUGAUCACCGCCGAGAUGGGCACGAUGUUCCCGGAGAACGGAGGCUAUGUGGUGUGGGUCUCCUCUGCUUUGGGCCCAUACUGGGGUUUUCAGCUAGGCUGGAUGAAAUGGCUUAGCGGUGUCAUAGACAGUGCUCUAUAUCCAGUUCUAUUCUUAGACUAUCUGAAGUCUGUUAUCCCGGCAUUAGGAGGAGGUCUCCCAAGAACAUUUGCAGCAUUAGGCUUGACAGGAGCUCUAACUUACAUGAAUUAUAGAGGUUUGAACAUUGUUGGAUUGUUUGCUGUCUUCCUUGGUGUCUUCUCAAUCCUUCCUUUCAUUGUUAUGGGGCUUGUAGCUACUCCGAGACUGAGGCCUAAAAGAUGGUUGGUGGUUGAUCUCCACAAUGUUGAUUGGAAUUUGUACUUGAAUACACUCUUUUGGAAUCUCAAUUACUGGGAUUCAAUAAGUACUUUGGCAGGAGAGGUUGACAACCCAAGUAAAUCAUUGCCAAAGGCUCUCUUCUAUGCAGCAAUCCUUAUUAUCCUUUCAUACUUGUAUCCCCUCCUGAUAGGCACUGGAGCUAUUCCACUUGAUAGGAAGCUAUGGACAGAUGGUUAUUUUUCUGAUAUUGCGAAGAUUAUUGGUGGGGUCUGGUUGACGUGGUGGAUGCAGGGGGCUGCAGCAGCAUCCAAUAUGGGGAUGUUUAUUGCCAAGAUGAGCAGCUAUUCUUAUCAGCUUCUUGGCAUGGCAGAGUUGGGCAUGCUCCCAAAGUUCUUUAGCAUGAGGUCCCGGUAUGGAACUCCUCUUAUAGGGAUCAUGUUCUCUGCCUCUGGGGUCCUCUUGCUUUCCUGGCUGAGCUUUCAAGAGAUUAUUGCUGCUGAAAAUAUUCUUUACUGUUUUGGGAUGCUCUUGGAAUUUUUGGCCUUCAUGAGAUUAAGGAUAAAGUGUCCAAUGGCGCCUCGACCUUAUAAGAUACCUCUAGGGACAAUUGGUAGCAUAUUGAUUAUUAUUCCUCCUACACUGGUGAUAUUUGUUGAGCUAGCUUUUGCUUCACUCAAAAUCAUGAUCAUAAGCUUCGUGGCAGUGAUUAUUGGUCUCAUUUUGCGGCCUUGUCUGAAAUAUUUGGAGAAGAAGCGGUGGUUGAGGUUCUCCAUAAUAACUGAUAUUCCUGAUCUUAGAGCUACUGAGAAUGAGAAUGCUGUUGAGUCUUUGAUAGAUUAGUUAGUUCUUGGGUCUAGUAAUAGUGUAGGCAAAUAUUUUGCAUGGCCUUUGAUGCCUGUUGCUUGAAAAGCACUUCUCAGUUUAUGUAUGAAAACUCCCAUUAUAACUGUUACUUCAUUGUGGACAAUCAGGUUCAGGUUAGGCAAAUAAUUAUCGCAAACUA